AGAGCUAGCCGGCUAACAGCUAGCUCAAAGAGACGCCAUUAGUUGGGUGAAAAGCAGGCGUUCGCAUCAGGUCCAAAGGGGGAGUAUUUCACAGUUCAGACCCGUUUCUCUCACAUCCGUUGGUAGAUAAAGAUUAAAGUCGGAUUCUCUUAUGCUGUCGACGUGUUUUUCUCCUGAUUUUUAGCUGUUUUUAAAAAUCGGAAGCCGAUGUGAGCUACGCAGGACUUCAGUUCCGACGGGGGUUAGCAUUAGCAGCGCUAGCUUGACACCGCUUGUUUUGAUAAACGCCGAUAAAUUAGUUUAAUAAAACUUGCAGCCAUGGCGGCCGGAGGAGCGGGCGGCAAGACAUACUCCUUCAAGGUGGUGCUGCUGGGGGAAGGCUGUGUGGGGAAGACAUCGCUGGUGCUGCGAUAUUGCGAAAACAAAUUCAAUGACAAACACAUCACAACUCUACAGGCGUCCUUCCUCACAAAGAAGCUCAACAUCACAGGAAAGAGAGUAAACCUGGCCAUAUGGGACACAGCAGGUCAGGAGCGUUUCCACGCGUUAGGUCCCAUCUACUACAGAGACUCCAAUGGAGCCAUACUAGUGUACGACAUUACAGAUGAAGACUCCUUCCAGAAGGUGAAGAACUGGGUGAAAGAGUUGAGGAAAAUGUUGGGGAAUGAGAUUUGUUUAUGUAUAGUAGGUAAUAAGAUCGAUUUGGACAAAGACAGACACGUUUCAGUGGAAGAGGCUGAGAGUUAUGCAGAGUCGGUGGGAGCCAAACACUACCACACAUCAGCCAAGUUAAAUAAAGGCAUCGAGGAGCUGUUCCUGGACCUGUGUAAAAGGAUGAUGGAGACGGCCCAGGCUGAGGAGAGGUUGAAGGGCAAUGGAGCCAGCCAAUCAGCUUCGAGUAGGCGGGGCGUACAGAUCGUCGAUGACGAACCACAGGCCACACCUGCCGGAGGGUGCUGCUCAUCUGGCUAACACACGCACGCACACACACGCACGCACACACACACACAUCCUUUCAUGCUUGCAGACAUAAUAUUCACACACACAUUUAUCAGUGUCUGUCGUCCGGUUGGUCCGCUCUGAAAUCCUAAAAGAAUCUGCUGUGCUCAUUCGGCGCCGCCUCUGCUGCUAAGGAGCAUGGGAAAUGAUGUUUAAAUUACUUUAUUCAGUGUAUCCUUUCAAAAUAAAAGUAACUGGAGUCCUUAUGGUGAAAUCGGUGUGCUGUAGUGACAAAUUCUCUAAAAAUCACAGUUUAGCACUUUACUCUCGUUUCUCAUAUAAAAACAGAAGUUGACAGUAAUUUGAAACAAAGCAGGGACUCGUAUUACAGAAGACGUCCCGCGUCACGGCCCUCCUCCAGCUGGCUUCUGUGUUUCAUACUAAAAGUAAUGAAUGAAACAGUUGGAAAUGAUUGUGAGGACACACGAGCUCGGCUCAGGCUUCAGCAGAUGUUUCAUUUGUUUUUGUUUUUUGGGGGGUGGGGGGCGUCUCUGAAGGGGUUAAACAUGCAUCCACACACACACAAACACAUACUGUACAAACCUCCAUUCAUCUUCAGUUUGUGGUGUAACAGCGCCCCCUGCCGGACGAACAUCAGACUGCAGGGAGAUGGCAAGACUUUAAUCCAAGCUGCAGAGGUCUUUACAUGUCCUAAUGACUGAGACCUGACCCGGGUUCUACUGAUGCUGAGUCUGAUCAGGUCUGGUAGGGUUCUUUAUUAAUUACUUCUUCAUUAAUUAGUUCUACAGCAACCAGAAGGAAAACAAUAUGGCUGCUGCUCAACCACAUUUUUCCUUUGUAAAUUAAACAGAUUAUUCAAAUGAAAUCAUAUUUAGAAAUUUAAAAAAAUAAAUCAGUUUCCUACAAGUUUAUUAAAAAGUUUGAACAGUUUGCUGAACCAGUAUUUUUAUACUGAUUAAUCUGUUUCUGUUUGGCGUUUGAAACGAAAAUCAGCAGCAGCUGUCUCAACAUUUAUUUUCAAUUGAAUGAAUCAUUCGGUCACUAGAAGAACCUGAAGCGACGUCUCUGAAUUAUUCAUCGUUUCCAAAGCCCAAAGAUUUUCAAUUUAAAAUGAUAGAGAAAAACAGAGAAUGCUCACAUCUGAGUAUCUGACUUUGUUGCUUGAAAAAUGACAAUUAAAAUUUGUCAAUAUAUAUAUUUUUUGUAAUUGAUUAACUGACUAAUUUCUACAGCUCAGAGCAAAAAUAAUGGAUUUAUUCGAAUUGUGCAGCUCAAAGUUCUGCUUCUUCCUCCUCGACAUGUUGAGUUAAUGUUUGUAAAACACACACUUCAUUGCUGCGACACACACUUACACAGACAGAGAAAUAAAACCGUGCAUGUUUGAUUUCUGUAAAAGGCUUUGUUUGUUUGACUUUUAAAAAACGUGGUGAAUAAAUAAAAAAACUGAGCAGCGAUUAUUUAAUAAGUUAUGCUGAUGUGGUGGUGAUGGAAACCUGUACAUGAACAGCCCUUUUCCCUCUGUGCUCUCUCUCUCUCUCUCUCUCUCUGCUCUGUCCUUUUACUGUUGUUUUUCCACCAGGCCUGUAGCUCAUUAAUCUCUCUGCUUACUGAGAAAAACUCUGACAUUGUAAGAAAACAUACUGGAGGUUUUAUCUGCCUUUGGGAAAAAUUGAUGCACAUAGAAGAAGAAAAGUAAACGAUGUACUGUCCUGUUCAUGAUGGAGUAAUGGAAAAAAAAAAAAACCUGGUUGAAAAGGAAAAAAUAUCAGCACACUUUUUGGAAAUGUAAUUUUUUAAACUGCUAGUGUCAAAAGUGUUUUGUAAAGAUAAUAGAACAAUUAUAACGAUUUACACAACGCA